CCUGGGCGAUCCUCCCCCAACGCGGCCCACGGGCUUAAACACUUGAGAAGACCUAUGCUGGGGAUUAGGUUGCAGUGUAAACGGCUGGGCACGUUGCUAUCCAGGAGUUCCAUGUGGGAAAGCGCUUGUGGUGGUCUCUGUGCAUCCUGGUUUUUUUCCACAGGUGGGUACCAACCUAACGGACAUCGUGGCUCACAGAAGGAUCACCAUCCGGGAGCUGGGGGGUUGCAUGGGCCCCAUCUGGUCCAGUUACUAUGGAAACUGUCAUUCUCUCCUGUUCAUGGUGGAUGCCUCUAACCCCACCCAGCUCUCUGCAUCCUGUGUGCAACUCCUGGGUCUCCUUUCGGCAGAACAACUUGCAGAAGCAUCGGUUCUGAUUCUCUUCAAUAAAAUUGACCUGCCCUGUUACAUGACCAUAGAAGAGAUAAAGUCGUUAAUCAGGCUCCCGGACCUCAUUGCUUGUGCCAAGCAGAACAUCACCACGGUAGAAAUCAGUGCCUGGAAAGGCACUGGCUUGUCAGAAGUGCUGCGCUGGCUCGAGGACACCCACAGAACGAAUGGUUGACUGCAGGGCUGAGAAGCGUGGCUGGCCUGCUCUGUGGCAAGAAGGCAGAAGCAGCACUGCUUGGCCUCUGGCCAUCUGCU